CUCGAAUUUAAAAUAGUAUAUAUAUACUGAUCAUCUGCAUCAUCAUCAAGCAUUAUAUAUCACACUGCGGCUGCCCUUUCCUAUCCUCUCUCAUGGCUGCCUUUCUUAUUCUCUAGUCACUCGACUCUCUUCAACACCUUCAUAACAUCCACACACCCUCUUCCAAAAAUGGAGAUUCACUCUCAUUUCAUCAGCUUGGUCACUCGUUUACGUGCAACUCAGCUCCUUCUCUGCACACUCACUAUAUUACUCUUCACAUCCACCACCUCCACCACCGCUGCCACCCUAUCGGAGCUUCCCAGAGGCUUCAAGGCCACUCCCGACUCCUCAACCGAAACCUUCCAACCUCUCCUCUCCGACUCCACCGGCAACUUCUCACUCGGUUUUCUCCGAGUCAACAAAACCCAGCUCGCUCUCGCCAUCCUCCACGUCCCGUCAUCCGAGCCGUUUUGGCUCGCCAAUCCAACCAAACUCGCUCGCUGGUCCGACCGUGCCCAACUCACCUUCAACGGCAGUCUCAUCCUUACCGACCCUCACACCAAGUUAUAUUGGUCAACUCACACGAACGCUGAUCGUGUGAUCCUGCAAAACAAUUCCAACCUACUAGUACAGAGUUCAAACCACACUGAACCUGCAGCAUGGGAAAGUUUCGACUUUCCUACAGAUACCCUUGUCGAAAACCAGAACUUCACAUCGAAAAUGGUUCUGAUCUCCUCCAACGGACUAUACUAUAUGCGAUUAGGGCCCGACUUCAUCGGCCUGUACGCGAAUUUCAACGAAGGCUCGGACCAGAUUUAUCUCCGACACAAAGCCAUGGAAGCCAAAACCGAGAUAGUGGAGAAUCAAGCCCCGAUUUACGCGCAGAUAAACCCGGAUCGCUACCUCGGUAUGUACCAAACAGGUAACCCGUUACCCGCCGACGUUCAAAAGUUCAACAGCUUUCAGACGCCGGUCACCGGCUUCCUCCGUGUCCGGUUAGAGCCCGACGGGAACUUAAUCGGGUACUUCUGGGACGGGACGAAGUGGGUUUUGGACUACCAGGCCAUUUCUCAAACCUGCGAGCUUCCUAGUGCGUGCGGUUCUUACGGGUUAUGCACAGCCGGAAAUGGCUGCUCGUGUUUGGACAACAGGACGGAGUAUGCCUCGGGCGAGUGUUUCGCGGCGCAGUCGGGUGACUUCUGCAGCGACGGAGUGCCGAGGAAUAAUUUCUGGGUUUUGAGGAGGAACGGAGUGGAGCCGCCGUACAAGGAGUUGAUGAGGUACGAAACGACGUCGUCGGUGAAGCAGUGCGAGAGCCUUUGUGAAAGGAACUGUAGCUGUUGGGGCGCGGUUUUCAAUAACGGAUCCGGGUUCUGUUACAUGAUGGACUACCCGGUCCAGUCCUUGGUGGGUGUGGGGGAUGAGACCAAGAUGGGGUAUUUCAAGGUGCGGGAGGGUGCAGGGAGGAAGAAAGUGAACGUGGGAGCUGGGGUUGGGAUUGGUGUGAUGUGUGGGGUGGUCUUGAUCUUGGUUGGGAUUGUUGUGGUUUGGAGGUUUAGGGUUUGGAAGAGGAAGAGAGGAGCAGUCAAGAGCCGGUUCAUGGAGCAAAACGGCGGCGUUUCGCCCGGGCCGUAUAAGGAUCUCGGAACGGCAAGCUUUAGGUCAAUUGAGAUGGGGAGUACAUAGUGACGCAGGGAGUGACAUUUUUUGGGUUUGGGAGUGAUGAGGAUGAUUAUGAUGUUAAUCACUAACUCAUUUGAUUAGUGGUGGUGCUUUCGGGCUAAUCUUGGGUAUAGUGGACCCUUAAACCUAAAUGGCUAAUCUCAUUGGAUAAUGCUUGCAACUCUGCAUAAUUGUAUAUAGAUUAGUGCUCUUCACAUGUCACUUUGAGGCCUUUGUAAUUUGUAUCGAUGAAAGUUGUACAAUUUUAAAAGUAUAUGAAUAGAGGUUUUGACCUAGGGAAUG